CCAAUUGAACUGCUCGGCACCAAGGCCCAAAAGUCCAUUGUGGAUUUUCCGCUUCUAAAACCGAAAGAACCUACAGACAGAUCACAAGCUUCUCUGUGUCUGGCCGCUGCAGGACGUCCCUCUGCGUUCCAGAUGUAUAAAAAAAACGAAUCACAUGUCAAUUCGGACAGUUCAGUCAGAGGAGCUCCGUUGCCUGCACCACCGUGGAACCUUCAUCCGCCGUUUUUCUCUCCCUGCCUUUAUGGAACCCAGCGGCCGUGCUUCAUCACCCCUGCGGCACCUCCUAACUGGCCCCGGCAAGUUGGACAUCCCUACGCUUGGAGAGGGCAAGCACCUCUUAGACCUUCUGCUGCUAUUCCCACAUCCUGGACCAUGGCCGCUGCCGCUGCCGCUCCACAGCCUCCCGCUCACUUGAGCAGGCUACGUCUGGAAGGCAGGGUGCUCGUGUUGCUACGCGGAGCACCGGGAUCUGGCAAAACCACUUUAGCUCGGGCAUUUCUAGAACACAACAGAGGUGGCGUCGUACUGAGCACCGACGACUACUUCACCCGUGAAGGACGAUAUCAGUUUGAUUCUACUGCUGUCGGGGAAGCUCACGAGUGGAACCACCAGCGAGCCAAAGAGGCUUUUGAGAGGGGCGCCAAUCCCAUCAUCAUUGAUAACACAAACAUGCAGGGCUGGGAGAUGAAACCCUACGUGGCCCAGGCACUGAAACAUCAUUUUAAAGUGCUGUUUCGGGAGCCGGACACUUGGUGGAGGCACAAGCCCAGAGAGCUGCAGAGACGAUGCAAAAACAACGUGCCCGUGGAAACCAUUCGACGCAUGCUGGAUGGAUAUGAACGCUUCGUGUCGGUCCAGUCCAUCAUGUGUUCAUUGGUGCCGGAGUGGAAACAGCGCCUCCAGUUGAGGAACAGAAAUGUGCAGUGUGUGACUCCUGAUGCAAAAUGUCCUGACCUUGUCAGUGAGCCUGGAAUGACGAUGAAGAAUUGCCGCCCUCAUCACUAUUCAUCCCUUCCUGACGUGUCAUCUAUAGGUCAUUUAUGUGAGGUGGGCAAGUUGGCAGACGACAACCGCACAUCAACGGAUUUACUCAACUUUCAGCCAAUUGCAACCUCUGUGGUAAACUCUGAACAUUCAGACAAGGACGAUGAUCUGGAUUUGGCGGCGUUGGAUUUUGAGCUGGAUGCCCUUAAUCAUCCAUGUGGAGAUCAGGCAAUCUCUGACUGUAUUGUGGAAUCAGUGACGAACCACGCCAGGGAUGACAUUUCAGUGGCUUUCUCUGAGUCCAUUAAACAAAGGGUACAAAGACCAGACGAGAAGUGGGAUUUGUUCGAGAGAGACACUGCAGAUCUGGUAAAAGAUAUUAACCAGUCAGACGUCUUGGCAUCGGGAAAAGAACGGAAGAAGGGAGAAGAUGAAUCAGCGGUAGGAAGAGAAGAUGGGGAUAAAUCUAAGAUGUUGCAUUAUUUUGGCGGGCACUGGCCGUCUGAAGGGCCCUUAGACCAGCGGCAGGUAAGGAGUAAGGAAAGAGAUGGAGCCGGUGAUGAAAAAGAAGACUUGUCAAAACAAGUCAAUAAAGACACGGACAAAGGGAAGGCUGGACCUGACCUCACAGAGUUCCAGAAGCUUCUCGACCUCAUUCAGACUGGUGUAGUUACUUGCCAAUCAGGUUCUUCGUGUUCAUCGCCUCUUUCUUUAUGCAAUGGACUGGAGUUGGAUGCAGUUGUCAAGAUUGAAAAAGCCAUUGGCUGUAGGCCUGAGAGUAAGGAGAGCCUGUUGAACCUGAACACAGACAAGAGCAAUAAAGGUGAUUCACCAGCUUGCUUGUUGGACCGCACAACUGCUGACUGUAACAAGAACGGUGAGGAGAUUCUUAAAAAUGAAACAACAGGGUGUGAAAGUACUGAAAAUAGCCUGUGGGCUAUGGAUACAGAGAAGAAAGUAAGUAAAGACACUGAGCAUGAGGACAAAGGUAAUAACUGCAGAGAACAUGGAGGCAUUGAGGCGACACUUCCCCUUGACAGUAGCCAUUCUAGGGACUCAUGCCAAGCUUCCGAAGGCAGCUGUGUUCUCACUGGAGACACCCAAGGGGAAAGGCAGCGUCAGGGUCGCAGAUCAGGGAAACUGUGCAAACUUGCCCUCACCUUCACUCAAAAUUGCCCUGCUCCUUCACUGAAGACACCUGAAAAUCCCAGUAGCAUAACCCUUCCUGAUUGCGUCACCAGCUUCAACCCUAAACCGGACUUGUCCGCCAAGCCCAAAGAAGACGUCCACCCGCGACCCGCAGAUGGAGGUUGCCCCACCCAAACUGAACCUCAGGACUUUGCUCUUCUUUGGCGUCUUAACCGUCAGGACCACCCACCAGACACUGCUGUCGCUGCUCGCAGCUACCCCGGUGAAUUCACAGUCCUAUGCGCCAACUCUUCGCGUUUUGUGCCGGAGCUUGCAUCUGCAGUUUCCGCCGCAGUUGCAGUUCACCCGUCCACUCGCAACAUGGUACCGUACCGUGUGGUGCACGAGAAAAGCACACAGGUUGAGGAUGGAGAAUUUGGGGCGUGCCAAAGCCGCCUUGAAGGCCUAGGCAUUCUCAGUCGUCAUUUUAAACUACUUCAUUUUGAUACAUUAGAGGACUUGUAUGACAAAUGUCAGCAGGACUUGGAGUGGACAACCAACUUGCUGUUGGACUCUGGAGAAAAGCUCUUCAGAGAUGAGGAUGUUUUGGAAGAGGACGUUGCUCACGUCAAACUGGAAGAGCGCACUACACCUUUAGAAAAAGCAUUAGAAACUCAAGUAGGGGAGGAGCGUUCUGUAGAGCCGCCUGGCCACAUGCUUCAACCAUUUGCAUGUGAGACACUGGGUGGGACCUCAGACACUGAUUUAUCAAGUUUAGGAGGUGCAGUUUCUCCAAUCAGAAACACAAGUCAGCUUGAUAUGCUUUCACACACUGUAAGAGACAAUCCAAGCCUGCCUGCUUUGGCCAAAGAUGAUGACAAUGAAGGCAAAGAAGCAAUGGAGAAGUCAAGUGUUGACACUGCAGAUGACAUUGCUAGUAUGGACGAGGUCCACCGGCUGUUGCAAGCUGAGCUGGAAAAGCUCGAGAGAGAAGAAAGACAGAAGAAAGAGGAAAGGGGUGGCAGCAGUGUUCUGAACAUCCAGAGUGUGGAGCUGAAAAUACCCACUGAACUGGCCCUGCAGCUAACUGAACUGUUUGGCCCUGUGGGUGUAGAACCAGGCACAUGCUCUUCUGAAGAUUACGCUGUGCAGAUGGACAUGAACUUUGCUAAACUGCUUCACCAGAAGUGGAAAGAAACCAUUCAGGAAAGGCAAAGACAAGCAACUCUUUCCCGCCACUUGCUUCGAAACAACAGCCAAGCCGAGCAGCCCUACGUGGACCACUGGAAUUUCUUCCAGCCUCGCGUCUCUCUCCGCAACAUCAUAAAGGAGGAACUGGCCAUGCAGAAGAACAUGGAGAAGUCGAGACAAAGCAGGGCGGACCUCAGCAGGCGUGACGGAGCGUCUGUGUUGAAAGAGGAGCAGCUUUACUCCCGUUUCCCUACCAUUGACCGACUCUUCCUGCAGGAAAUAUUCCGGGACCACAAUCACUGCCUCAGCCAGACGGAGCUUUUUAUCAACUCCAUAAUGGACCAGGAGCCCGCCAGAACGGUCGUCGCACCAGAACCGCCUAAAUCCGACCACCUCAGAACCGCCAGCAAAGAGAGAGAAAAGAAGCUGGUGGACUCUGCAUUGCCUGUCUACCAGAACUACCAGGACACAGAGGACCCCCAGUAUGAGGACUUCAGGGCUGAGGCCAGUCUGCAAAGAAGUCGACAACUUGAGAGUUUUGCCAAAGCUGCUGAGGCUCACAAGCAAGGUCGCAGAGAGGUGGCUUCCUUUUAUGCCCAGCAGGGACAAUUACACGGGCAGCGGAUGCGCGAGGCCAACGAACGUGCAGAAGUUCAGAUCUUUGAGAGAGUCAACUCCUCGCUUCUCCCCAACAACAUCCUGGACCUCCACGGGCUGCACGUGGACGAGGCCUUGAGGCGCCUGGGCCGCGUCCUCCGUGACAAAACAGCAGAGUGCGAACAAGGUCUGUGUCGACCGCAGCUCUCCGUCAUCACAGGAAGAGGCAACCACAGCCAGGGGGGCGUGGCCCGCAUCCGCCCAGCCGUUUUAAACUACCUCGCCAACACACGCUACAGACGCACUGUGUCAAAUGGAGGUUCUGUGAAGAGCUGUGGCUUCUGUGGGAGGAACGUGUGAACCUCCUUCAACAAGCGGAUGUGCUCAACUUCACUUCUUGCCUUCUGUUUCUGAAGCUGCGUGUCCUUCUGGGACUCGGACGGAACAAAGGCGACAGGAAGUGAGUGUAAGCAGCAUGGCGCGGCCUUGAAGACACGAGCAGAAGUUGAAGAGUCUUAACAGCAUGAGCCGAGCACCGCCAGCUGCAGGAGCAUUGUGAGUCCAAAAGCCUGAGCUGAGCACC